ACUUCCUGUAGCACUGUGGUAUGUUUGUGUUAGCUUGACGCAGCCUUUGGUGUCAGUGGUUGGAAAGAGCGCGUGUCGCUCUUCGGAGGAUGACUUGACAUUGCACGUGCGCUUUCCAGGAUACUGGAGGGAGUAAACCAUGUGGAAUGGGACUUCUUGUUGAACAAUAGAUUCAUGAGUUUAAAAAAAAGAUUCUUUUAAAAAAAGGACUGUAAUUUGUGUCGUCAACUAAAGAAUUUGACACUUGAGAAGAAGAAGUUUGACGUCAUUUAUUCCACGGGGUGAUUAUUAGCGACAUCAGAUGAUGGCCUACACUCUGGGCUCAACCACCGAGGGCCAGACACGUGGUGUAGGACCUCAGCACUGUGUCACACGGGUGGAGCUGUCCGUCACCGCUGCCAGUCUUCUCGACCGUGAUGUAGCCUCCAAGUCAGAUCCGUUCUGUGUUCUAUUCCAUGAAGUGGAUGGAAACUGGGUGGAGCUUGGUCGGACUGAAACAGCUGUUAAUAACUUGAACCCAGUUUUUGGAGUGAAGUUCCAGGUGGACUACCACUUUGAGGAGGUCCAGAAGCUUCGCUUUGCCAUGUUUGAUGAAGACAAGUGUGCCACGCAGCUCUACGAACACGAUUUCUUGGGAGAAUACAUCUGCACACUUGGAGUUAUUGUGUCCAAUAAGAAACUUCACAGACCGUUGAUCUUGGCGAACGGAAAGCCGGCUGGCAAAGGAUCCGUCACAAUAACAGCCCAGGAGCUGUCUGACAACAGAAUCAUCACUUUGACCCUUAGUGGGCGAAAACUGGACAAGAAGGACUUCUUCGGGAAGUCAGACCCAUAUCUGGAGUUUCACAAACAGGGAGAAGAUGAUAAAUGGAUGCUGGUGCACAGGACAGAAGUCAUAAAGAACACUUUAGACCCUGCAUGGAAACCUUUUACCGUGCCUCUUGUUUCUCUCUGCAAUGGAGAUGUGGACAGAAACAUCAAGGUUCUGUGUUAUGACUACGAUAACGAUGGCGGCCAUGACUUCAUUGGAGAAUUUCAAACGACAGUGGCCAAGAUGAGUGAAGCGCAGAACUCGGUGGAGGUGGAAUUUGAAUGCAUCAACCCAAAGAAACAAAAGAAGAAGAAGAAUUAUAAGAACUCUGGAAUUAUAAUCCUCAAAUCAUGUAAGAUUACGAGGAACUACACUUUCCUGGAUUACAUACUGGGAGGAUGCCAGCUCAUGUUUACUGUUGGUAUAGACUUCACAGCCUCCAAUGGGAAUCCUCGAGAGCCAUCUUCCCUCCAUUACAUAAACCCACUGGGCAGCAAUGAGUAUCUUGCUGCAAUUUUAGCCGUGGGACAAAUCAUACAAGACUACGACACCGACAAAAUGUUUCCUGCUCUGGGAUUCGGAGCCCAACUUCCACCAGACUGGAAGGUGUCACAUGAAUUUGCCAUCAACUUUAACCCCACCAAUCCCUUCUGCUCAGGUGUGGAGGGCAUUGCACAGGCCUACUCUGCCUGUCUCCCGCACAUUCGUUUUUACGGGCCAACAAACUUUGCUCCAAUCAUUAACCACGUAGCCCGUUUUGCCGCCCAGGCCCUUCAGCAAGAGAAAGCAGCGCAGUACUUCACUCUCCUCAUUAUAACAGACGGCGUCAUCAGCGACAUGGAUGAGACGCGCCAUUCCAUCGUCCAGGCCUCCAAGUUGCCAAUGUCCAUCAUCAUCAUCGGCGUGGGCAAUGCAGACUUUGCCGCCAUGGAGUUUUUAGAUGGCGAUGCCAGCGUUUUGAGGUCCAACACGGGCGAGGAGGCCAUUCGAGACAUUGUACAGUUUGUUCCCUUCAGGGAUUUCCGUAAUGCACCCAAGGAGACCCUUGCCAAGUCCGUGUUGGCAGAGCUUCCUCAGCAGGUCACUCAGUACUUUAAACAGCGGAAUGUACCACCCAUCAACCCGGCACCGGAGUGAGCGCACCCUAAAAGCGCACCUCGACAAUGUACAAUAGCGCUUCUGUCAACAGCCAGUCCGUAUUGAAAGCGUCUACGUCCGCUGUUGCAUAAGACCUCAUAUGUAGAAGACAUCUUGUUAUUAUUUUCGAAUCUUCCAGUUAAAAACGAUUGACUGGAUGAUGUCUGCCAAGGGUACAAAGUGAUGUGAAGAUGCAGGUGAAGCAGUUGUCCACGUAAAAGGAAGGAAAAAGGUUCGAUUAUUGCGGAUGUUUUUUUUUUUUUUUGCUGCCGUGUCUUGUGAUUGAUGCCGUGUGAUUCAUUGUUGUGGUGUAAAGUCUGCUCGGCUGAACUAUAAUCAGUGGUGGUGUGGAUCUUCAGGUAGCAGAUCAGACGUGAUGCACAUCCCCGUCAUUGAAGACAUUGAUCGUGAAUGACAGAACGGGAGGAUGAGCAUGUUGAAGUGGGACGCUGCAAUUCAUAAUGGGAAUUGAUCAUUGUGAUGAUCCUGCAUGUCGCUAGUCACUGUUUACAAUGUUUACGGUUUACAGGCGCCAACGGGCACAAAAGCAAGAAGGGUUAUUUUUGUGUUUUAUAAAUAUUUGAAUAUGAUCGUUUUGCCACAUCUGAAGAUGCAAAAGAGGUGUUACUGAAUAUGCAUAUAUACUGUAGUAUAUAUUGACUGAAUAUUUAUAUGAUGUUGUGUAUUGAUGAACCCAUUGGUUUUUAUUGUAAUUUAUGCAGUGCAAAUUUGUGUUAUUAUAUUAUUAAAGUGUGUAUUGCUGUCUCUUUGUACUAAAUGUGUUUCUUCAUUUUAUAAAGUUGUGUCCAUGUGAACACUCAGGUAAAUAAACAAAAUAACUACACCCUGUUUCUCAUUUGUGUACACAAUACAGGACUACAAUACGUAGUCGUCCCGUUUAUCGUGGUUUGAAUAUCACCCCCCUCACUAUAUUGUGUUUUUUUAUAUAUAAAUAAUUAGUAGAUGAUGGCUAUUUUGUGAUUGACUAAUGG